AUGACGGAAUCUAGCAUCAGACAAAGAAAAAAGAGCACAGCGGCGCCGAACGGUGUUGCCGGCACGCCGGAAGAGCACCCAGGAGGAGAUAUUAGACAUGGAGGCAUUAUACAAGCCAUACGAUUCUUCCUGUUCAUAACCUGGUUCUUGUGCGGAAGCUGCACGAUAUGUGUGACGCAGUGGAUCGGGAUUCCGUUAUACUGGAUCAACAAGGACCUCUACUAUGCCUACAUGGCUCUUACGAAACAGUCUUUCGGCAUAAUGAUUACAACGGCGAUACAAUGGUGGUCUCCCAUAUUGAUGAGGGUGAGCGGGGAUGAGUCUGUGGCGGGGCAGUUGCGAAAGACUGCGGAUGGGAGGAUCGAAUGCGAUUUCCCCGAGAGAAUGAUUAUGGUGGCGAAUCACCAGCUGUAUACGGAAUGGCAAUAUCUGUGGUGGGUGGCGUAUACGAAUAAACCCCAAAUGCACGGCCACAUAUACAUCAUGCUGAAGGAAUCCUUGAAGUACAUCCCAAUUAUCGGAUGGGGUAUGCUCUUUUACGGAUUCAUCUUCAUGUCCCGGAAAAUGGAGACUGACCGGCCGCGAAUUGCCCACCGGCUUAAUAAGUUGAAGGCAGUACAUUCCGGGCCGUUGUCAGGCACCUCAGGACUCGAUCCGAUGUGGCUCUUGAUCUUUCCAGAAGGCACUAAUCUAAGUGAGAAUACGAGCAAGAAAAGUAAAAAAUGGGCAGAUAAAAUUGGAGUCAAGAAUAUGGAACAUACACUUCUUCCUCGUAGCACGGGUUCAUUCUUCAUUUUGAAUGAACUCAAGGGGACUGUGGAAUAUGUUUACGACUGUACGAUGGCUUAUGAGGGCGUGCCACGAGGAAAAUUCGGUGAAACUUACUACACUCUCCGAUCCAUGACUCUACGGGGCCAAGUACCACCAUCCGUCAAUAUGUACUGGCGACGAUUCGCCAUCAAAGACAUGCCACUCGACAAUGCCGAAGAAUUCGACGCGUGGCUGCGAGAGCGGUGGUACGAGAAAGAUGCUCUGAUUGAGCAGUACCUUACAACUGGAAGGUUUCCCGGAAGCCAGCAAGUGACCAACGACGCUACUACAGGCGAGGAGAAAGAAAAGCACAUCGAGGUUCAAGUCAAGUUGGGGCAUUGGUACGAAGUGGCCAAUAUUUUCGUCGUGGUGGCUACGGCUGCACUGAUUGCGAGUUCGUUGGCGAGGGUAUGGAACGGGAUGUUUUACGGGAAGGACAUGGCUUAA